ACCCCUCCUUUAUCUGAGCGAUCUGUUUCUGAAUAGCCAUGACAGUGUCGUCAUCUGUGUGUCAGACAGCUGCCUCUGAUUGGUUGCACGGGCUGUAGACGACUUUCUGCGGCGGCGCGGGGUCUCGAGAGGUCGCUAAUUAGCGCGCAGACUUUUCGAGCGGGUGCCGUUUACACGUGAGCUCGAAGCAGUUCCGGGCGGUGGCGCGCGCGCGCACGCUCUGGUUCCCGCGCAUAGUGGCAGCUCGCGCUGAGCUCGGCGUCAUUCUGGAGCGCUGUGCAACCGGACAUAACGCACGGCGCGCGCUCUCUUUCUCUCUCGCGCUCUCUCUCUCUCUCUCUCUUUCUCUCUCUCUCCUAGCACUUUGCGUCGGCUCGGAAUUACACACACAGCUCUGCCAAAGAAGCGGAUGAGAGAAGGUGAAAAGUUAUGGAUGAAAGAAUAUCACGACUGCAGGACAGAGCGUUCCUCGAUCACGCAGACUUCCUGGGGGUUGAUUAUUCGUCUCUUUAUAUGUGCAAGUCAAAAAGAGGUAUGAAACGAGAGGAAGGAAAGCAGGACGCUUAUAAGUUACCACACAGACUCAUAGAGAAGAAGAGGAGAGACCGGAUUAAUGAAUGUAUUGGACAGUUGAAAGACUUAUUACCAGAACACCUUAAGUUAACGACGCUGGGUCACUUGGAGAAGGCGGUUGUGUUGGAGUUAACUCUGAAACACCUGAACGCUUUGACGGCUGUCACUGAGCAGCAGCACCAAAAGAUCCUGGCACUGCAGAACGGAGACCGCUCUCUGAAGUCGUCCAUCCGAGCAGACCUGGACGCUUUCCACUCGGGAUUUCAAGCGUGCGCUAAAGAGGUGCUGAAGUACCUGAGCACGGUGGAGAAGUGGACCAGCUGUGAGCAGAGGUGCACGCAGCUCAUCGAGCAUUUGCACAAAGUUUUGGCGCGACUCGUCCAGCCGCAGUUAGGCGCGCAGGAGAGGGACAGCCAGGCCAAGUGCGUUCCCGUCAUCCAGAGGACUCAGAAUCCCGAGGCCAACGAGAACGACACGGACACCGACAGCGGAUACGGGGGCGAGGCUGACAAAAGCGACGCUAGAGCCGAGAAAGCAUGCGACCCAGUCCGCGUUGGUGGAGUUAAAAUAAAGCAGGAGUUCGGGGACGAGCGCGUCGCCAAAAAGCCCAAAGUGAGCUGGAGUGAGAACAGCGGCGCAGGAAGCGCGGAGCAGCCAAACCUCGCGUUUAUGAACUCGCUGAUGGGAAUGGCUGGAGUGGGGCAACAGACUCCGUUCUGCGUGCCGUUUUACUUCAUAAACCCGUCGGCAGCUGGGUCCUACAUGCCUUUUUUCGAUAAGAGCAGUCUGGAGAAGUUAGUAUACCCAGCGCUGAGCGGGCCCUUCCCAUGGCUGUACCCCGGCAUCACCGCGCACUCUUCAGCCGCCGCGGCUGCUGCUGCUGCUGCUGCUUUCCCCGCAGGAUCUCUCGAGAAAAGCCUGGGGUUCGGGGCUGCUUCAAAAGAACAAGACUGCCCUUCUCCUCUUAACGAGGCUCUACACUCCAGCAGGGUAGGUGCAUCCUCUCCUACCGACGAGGAACAGAACUCAGACCCCGAUCUUAACAAGGACCAGCAGACCCAAAUGAAGGAAAGCAGCACUACAGGCUAAUCUAAUCUAAAGGAACACUUGACCUUUUGCGCUCUCUUGUUGGCUUGUGACAUUGUGUGUUUAUCUAUUCCUUAAUUUAAUCAUCAUCGAGUACUCUGUGGCCUGUAGUGUUUCUAUGGAUUUACCGAUAAAAGCAGUUAUUUGUUAUUCUUUAUUUUUGAGUUGAAAGUGUGUGCAAAACAGGGUUUUGAAAAGGUCUUUCUGGAUAGGGACACUGUAAUGGGGGACAUUGGAAAAACCUAGUGCCUUUUGCACUGAAUGCUGACACUGGAAUGGGAAUCGACCCUGACUUACAACAGCAUACAGUCUGUCUUUAUUGGCUAUAGUAGAGUUAUUUUUAAAAAAUAAUCGUUUAAACAGACAAUUUGCUCUUAUUUGCUGAGGAAACGUAGUAUAUGUGCAAUACUAUCGAACUGAUCGCUGAGUUAUAACCUACUGCACCUCUUAUCAUUGAUUUGGAUUCAUAUUGGCAUCUUGGAUGUAUUGUACGACAGUGACCUCAAGCAAGCUGAAACGACUGAUGCAGUACUUUUAGGAACAACUUUAUUUUUUGGUAGAAUUUAGCCUACAGGAUUUGCCACUGAUAGUGAGAUUCUUAUUUCACGGUUUAAUCUUCAGUGCUUGAAAGAGUUACUUAAAUACCUCAAGAUACUUUCGCAUUGAGAGCCAGAUUCAUUCCUACAGAUGCUCCUCUGGUAGGGGCAGUGCAGUGAGCUGAAUAAUCUUUGUUAGGAUGAAAGUAGUCUUCAUUUUUAGUCAGGCAGAACUUGUGAGUAGCCUUGUAAGUCCUUUGACUUACUGUUACGACAGUCCUAUCUCUCUCCCUAAUAACUCAUUUGAACUUGAGUUUAAGUGAGGUGUGAAAUUACACCCUGGAUAUUUUGGCUUAGCAUGGGCUUGUCGUUCAUGAGCAAUCUCUAAAAGUAUUUGCGAUAUGACAACAUUGUGACACCGUCUAAAAUAAUUUGACUUCUUCAGGACAAUUUUCUAGCUAGUUUGGCUUAGGGAAUCACCAUUUCCAUGGGGAUUCUCUGAUGAAAGUCCCAUUUAGUCUAGCACAUGAAUCUGGAGUGGUCCACGUGGCCCCUGUGAUAAAACAUCUCAGUAUGUGGAGAGCUACUGUAUAUGACAUGCAUCUCCAGAUACGUUAGCACCUUGUGGAACUUUGAUAUUGAAUGUAAUCUGUUUUCUGUUGAUAUGAGCGUUUGUAAAUAUUCUGAUAAAAGUAGAUCCAUGAGGUAAAGUGCACUUGUUGAUGCCUUCUUUGUUCCUCUAAAACUCUUCUCACGCAUUAUUUAUAAUCCAUUACCCUUUGUAUUCUGCCUGUAAUUUAUAUAUACAGUAUAUAUUUUCUUAAAGAAAUCCUCAUGAUUAAAAGGCAAGUCUUGGACUAAAUGUAUAAAUACUGAAAUAUACUAUAAUAGCUUACUGUAUAGCUACAAAAAUUUCAGUUGAAUUCUUCUGAAAGCUCUGUUAUACAGCAAAUGCUUCUGCAAAUUAAUCUUGAAAAGCUUAUAUAAAUUCAGUAGUAGUCUUGCUCAGUGAUUAGAGCUAAGACAUUUUUUUGUCUAAGUUAAUACUGCCAUUAAUGCCAAUAUUUUGUAGUAACAUUAGUUACUACAGAGGUCCCAAUCAAGAAUCACUGCACUGGUCCAGAUGUUAUUAUUACAACUUAGGCUUUUGAAUAACUACAAUCAAAUAUACAAUGUGCAUAUACCAGGCUGUCUGUUGAAAUAUUUCAGAGCCGAUUAGUGGCACAAGCUCUGACGUGAUUGGGAAUCUUGUGGAACAUGUGUAAUGCAUGGUGUACUGCACAUAAUCAGUAAAGAAUGCAGAAUACCUGGGCACUGGAGGAAAGUAUGAAAGAAUGAGGGAUUUUAUUGCAAGGAAUGAUCAAUAUUAGAUUGACUGCAACCAAUACCUUUCCAAUGGGCACGAGUACAUCUGUAUUUAAUCAAAAUUUGCCAUUUACUUUUGCAUAGAACACAUUUUAUAGACCCCUUAUAGCCUCUUUGCCUCAACUGUCUUUUUGCCUAUGUAGUGGCAUGUGUAUGUAAAUAGUUUGUGAAUACGCAAAAAUGUCCAAUGUUUAUGUUGUAGAAGAAAUCUUUGGAUUUUAUAAAGGAUAAACCUAAGCAAAUGUUGCACAUUUCGCUAACGCUUUACACUACUGCUGUUAUAAAUUAUUGCUCACAGUUGUCAAAUAAAUAUAAGCUCAAAGACUAA